AUGACGGAGUCGGUCCAGUACGAGGCCGCACCAACCCUUGAACCUCAGGAUAAACCAUCGACAUGGGCGACCGCGUACUUUGAGCAGCGUAAAAGCCGUCGCGCCAAGCAGAAGCAAGGAGGCCGGAAGAUCGGGCUGCAAGUAAUCGGCGCCGUUCUCGCCGUCACGGGGCGAAUUGUCUUGGCUCCGCUGCUCGUUCUGCUCAUCUUCACGAGCACCAACUACAUGAACGGCGCCGCGUUCUUCAUCGAGUCCAAGGACAGCUACUUCGCCUUCAACGAGCGCGACCUCGUCAUGACCGGGGGCUGCACGGGCUGCCACAUCCCGUGUCGACGGGCCAUGUUCCUGCUCAACACGUUCAACCACGAGGCGCUCAAGAGCAAGCCCAUGUUCGAAGACCUGUACACUGCGACAACCUGGGACUACAGCGUGCUCAGCGCCGAAGCGUUGGCGCUGGGCGACGCCCUUGACGCCAACGGCGCGAUCUGCACCGGAGGCGUGAACGAAUGGGGCUCCCCCAAUACAGUCGUCACCACCUCCGCAGAGGAGCUUCUACAGGUCAUUAUCGUCUUGAACCUUUCGGUAGCACCGCAAAUGAUCGCGGAACUCGAGAAAGGAGUCGAGUUGAAGGACGAGUGCACGACCAAGUGGGCCAUCAUCGCGCUGAUUCACCUGUUCCAGUUCCAGACCGUCAAGGACAGCGCCGACUACUCGUCCAUCCCGGCGGCCGACUUCAACGUCUUCCCCGAGUACACUGAGUGCCGGCCGCUUGUGUCGAACGACAACAUCGUCGGCUCCAAGCUCGCGCUCAGCACCAACGGAGAAGAUCUACUCGCAGUGGUGCCGGAUCUACUGAAGCAGUUCCCCUACGGCUUUGACAGCAGCUUACCGGCCGUGUCGCGCGUGAUGGUAGCGCACAACACUUACCACCCAGCCAAGACCGUGAUCCAACCGCUGUUCCGCGCGUACUACGCUGGCUGUCGAGUGCGGGAAGUCAACACCACGGGCGUGUACAUUGAAGAGAGCUGCACUGCCGUCAAGCGCUGGGAGACGUACGGCCUCAUGAUCCAGUCGCCCGACGACAUCCCAGUGUGCAGUACGACGAACGUCUGCGUGCACAACUACUACAACUCGCUCUGGGAGUGGAUCAGUGAAGUAGAUUCCAGCGUCGAGGGGCGGGUGUCCGAGUACAUCAACGUGUUCCGCAACCGAUACGCGGACACGGUCGCGUUGAGCGUUCUACCAGGGAUGGUCAUGGUGCAAAUGCUGCUCAUGGGGGUCAUCAGUCUGUACCAGAUCAUGUCCCACAAGCGCUCGGUGCUGUUGACGCAGAUCUGGGCGUACCGCUGCCAGAACGGCCGCAUGCAGGUGCUUUACCUGGCUCAGGUCACCUACCACUUGGCCUUCAGCUCGGAUCUGUACUACCUGGGGCUGGCCACCGGCACGUUGACGGUCGAAUCGGUGGCCAACCUCACCUUUGGCUUCUUCGUCUUCUCGUACACGUACAUCAACCUGCUUAAAGCUCGCUCCGGGGAGCAGCAGCUGGAUCGCCACUUCCGACUGACCUGGGAGACCAUGCAGAUUAUUAUCACGCCGUGUGUGGCCACGUUGCUGCUGUCCGUGAGGGAGACGUCGCUCUCGUUCUUCGUCGACUGGAACGGAGAAUUGUUGCGCAAGACAACCGCGCGCGGGGCCAAAUACUGCAAACUCAAUGACUCGUGCAUCCUCAUGAACGUCAACUUGGCCGUCGUAGUGCUGGUCAUCUCGACGGUGUUGGGGCUCAUCGCCUUCGCGACGUCCUUUAUCAUCCAGAAGCGCAGUAAACACUGGGAGAACAUCCAGAGUUUCGCGUCCUCGGUGUCCAGCCGCACUGCCUCGUUGUACGCCACCAAGCCUGUUCUUCUCCAUGAGCUGACGUCGUUCGAGCAGCACUGUCUCGGUUGCCCCUUCACGAAACUCUUCAAAGACUGCGACGACUUCGCGUACAUGACGUUCAUGGGCAAGCGCUGCACGACCGUCGAGGCCUUGCUUCUCACGGGCUACCUCUUCUACGGCCAGAACAUCUACCAGGCCGGGUCUGUGGUGCUGCUGCUCAUGGCGCGGCUGAUCCCUCGCAAGUUCUUGCGGACGUUCAACGUGAUCCUCAUCCGCUGGCACAUGGACCCGGAGGACGGCUCACUCACCCACGCGCUGUCCUGCACGUGGUUCCACGCUAGCAACGAGAACUACAAACUGUCGGAAGCCACACCAUUGUCGUGA